CUGGCGACUGUAACCCACCAACAACAACCUCUCGCUCCAUCAUUACCACCUCCUCCACCAUCCUCAUAUUCAUCAACCAGUCCACAGCUCAGGCGCCAUGCAGACCCCUGAAGCAGGCGCUGACUCCACCUCCACUGUCCCUCUUCAGACCACUGUGCCUGUCCAGCCUACCGGCUCCACCCAGCAGGUGCCUGUCCAGCAACAGGCCCAGACUGUUCAACAGGUUCAGCAUGUUUACCCAGCACAGGUGCAGUAUGUGGAGGAAAACAGUGGCGUCUACACCAAUGGCAACAUAAGAACCUACUCGUACUCAGAGCCCCAGCUGUAUAGUCAGAACAGUGGCGGGAGCUACUUUGACACACAGGGCAGCUCAUCACAAGUGUCCACUGUGGUGACGUCUCACGGCAUGACCAACAACGGAGGAGGGGGCAGUGGAGGAAUGAGCAUGGGCCUGGCAGGGGGUCAGGUAAUCAGCAGCAGUUCUGGGGCCUACCUCAUGGACAACGCUGGACCGCACCCUGCCACCCAGACGGCACGAGCUUCCCCAGCUACUAUUGAAAUGGCGAUUGAGACGCUCCAAAAAUCUGAGGGUUUAUCCAGUCAGAGAAGCUCGCUGCUCAACAGCCAUCUUCAGUGGCUGUUGGACAAUUAUGAGACAGCAGAGGGCGUAAGCCUACCACGAUCCACCCUCUACAAUCAUUAUCUGCGUCACUGCCAGGAGCAGAAACUGGACCCUGUAAAUGCAGCCUCUUUUGGCAAACUCAUCCGCUCCAUCUUCAUGGGACUCCGUACAAGGCGCCUCGGGACAAGAGGGAACUCCAAAUAUCAUUACUAUGGUAUACGUGUGAAACCAGAUUCCCCGCUAAAUAGACUCCAAGAAGACAUGCAGUAUAUGGCCCUCAGACAACAACCUGUUCAGCAGAAGCAGAGGUUCAAGCCAGUGCAGAAGUUUGAUGCUGGCUCUGGGGAGAAUUACUCAGGUGGAGGCCAGAACCAUCCUGGUGCAGCAGAGCAGACAGUCAUUGCACAGAGCCAGCACCACCAGCAGUUCCUAGAUGCAUCGCGGGCACUCCCUGACUUUGUAGAGCUGGACCUAGGACAGAGCAAUACAGAGAACAUCAGCCCAGAGGAUGUUAAAGCUCUCCAAUCUCUUUACAGAGAGCACUGUGAGGCUAUCCUGGAUGUGGUUGUCAACCUCCAGUUCAGUCUAAUUGAGAAGCUGUGGCAAACAUUCUGGCGUUAUUCUCCCCCUGACUCUGUAGAGGGUGCCACUGUAACAGAAAACAGCAGCAUAAGUGAGAUUGAAGCGCGGCUCCCCCGGUCCCAGCUGCUGGCGCUGUGCAGAAACGAGGCUGUGCUCAAAUGGAUGAGCACCUGUGACCACCUAAUGUACCAGUCCCUUGUGGAGAUCCUCAUUCCUGAUGUCCUGAGACCCAUUCCCAGUGCCUUGACUCAAGCCAUUCGAAACUUUGCCAAAAGCCUGGAAGGUUGGCUCAAUAAUGCCAUGAAUGCCAUUCCACAGAGAAUGAUCCAGACUAAGAUUGCCGCUGUUAGUGCCUUUGCGCAAACACUGCGUAGAUACACAUCUCUGAACCACCUGGCUCAGGCGGCACGUGCCGUGUUGCAAAACACGUCACAGAUCAACCAGAUGCUGAGUGACCUCAACCGUGUUGACUUUGCCAACGUACAGGAGCAGGCAUCAUGGGUGUGUCAGUGUGAGGAGGGAGUGGUUCAGCACUUGGAGCAGGACUUCAAGGCCACGCUACAGCAACAAAGCUCUCUGGAGCAAUGGGCAGCCUGGCUGGACAACGUGGUCACUCAAGUGCUCAAACCCUACGAGCAUCGGCCCAGCUUCCCCCGGGCGGCUCGACAGUUCCUGCUCAAGUGGUCCUUCUACAGUUCUAUGGUGAUAAGGGACCUGACCCUGCGCAGUGCUGCCAGCUUUGGUUCUUUCCAUCUGAUCCGCCUGCUGUAUGACGAGUAUAUGUUUUACCUUGUCGAGCAUCGUGUGGCCCAAGCUACUGGAGAGACACCCAUUGGUGUCAUGGGGGAGUUUGACAGCCUGAACACCUUAUCUCUCACUAACAUUGAUAAAGAUGAAACAAGUGGGAUGGACAGCGAUUUAGAAGAUGACACGGAGGAAUCCGGGGAACCUCUUGCUAAACGGGAGAAGUCAGAGCAUGAGGUGAUCCAGGUGAUUCAGGUCGGGGCGCUUGAGGACGGAUCUCACCCUGUCGUGGGGGUCGUCCAACCAGGUGUCCUCCACUCGUUGCCCCAGCCCCCGCAGGACCACACCGAGCACAUCCUAACCCCUUCUGCUGGUACUCCGACCAUCCGCCACUGCAGCGCCACAGGCAAUACCUACGCCUCUGUUUGAGGGCACGUCUGACCUUGUCUGGCCUGUUUCCGCCUUCUCACUCUCCACAUAUCUUUCUCUCUGUAAGUCUAGAUGUUUCCGUCUGUUUCAUGCAUUGUCUCUGUCUGCGCUGGUGUGGACACGCUCUCCUCUCACCAUCCAGCCUGGUCAGUGGAGGAGUGCUGAAAUGAUGAUACUUUGGCCGAGAUGUGCUGUCCGUGUCUGACUGCUUAUAUUCUGGAUGUGGUGUCAUCCCGUGAGUCUGUGCUCUAUUAAAAUGCGGCAGCUGGUGGAAGGGACGUGGAGGAAAAGGACUAAUUUGACCCGUUAAAUGUUCCCUGGUUAGACAUGACUUACCGCAUCUAUCUGUCUGUCUAUACCGACGGAGUUUAUCAUGAAGGAAAGUUAAACUUCUUCAAACUACUGAUGUCUCAGAGCUCAAAUCCAUGUCACUAGUCCCAGUGGAGCAUCGAUUGACUCAAGACCUUUGCCUAUUGUACAUAGUUUUGCUGUACUUUGAAUUGGUAUUACCCAAAACUCAUGGUGCUAUCAUUGUGUUUUAUUUGUUUAAAUUUCCAGUUAAUUUUAGUGUGAUUUAUGUAAACAUGCAUUCAAACUGCUGAUAAACUUUUGGCUGAACAAAAAUAUUUUGAGUAUUGUAUGUAGCUGUAUGUAUGACAUUUAAAAAAGGAUCAUGGGGCAGUUUUGUCUGUUCUGUUUUGAAAAUGAUAUGGUAGCCACCCACUGAAAACCACUUAUAGCUUUUAGCCACAGAAAAAGAAACCCUGAAAGUAAUAUCUGUGCUGCUACUUCUGUAAAUAGAAAUGAGAUUGAGAAGACUGGCUGUACAAAACCUCUUCCUCAAUGUUAGCUUUUCUAUGCACUCUGUGCAUAACGCUUGCCUUUGUUCAUUUUAGAUGCUCUGUAGUGUGGUUUAUGUGAUGAGCUGUAAUCUUGAAAACAACGUACUGGACACAUUCCCCUGUUUUCGCAGUUUCUGUCUUAAUGAAAAUUUCUUAAGUUUGUGAAAGGACCAAAAACAAACCAACAAGCGGAUGCUGAGAGUGAGCCAUUUGGGCCACCCAAGAGCUGUUUCCUGUCCCACAGUGCCAUGUUGCAGAGCAGAAGGAAUGUCAGGGAUUUAAUGUACCUCGGCUUUAUCAUAGUGCCUUAUCCUUAAAUGCAGCUGUCCUUGUAGUCCUGACUGUGUGGUGUAAAGAGCCCACAGCCCCUCUGCAUUGUCCCAGCCACAGAUUUGGCUUUCUGGUGACUCGUGGCUGGAUUUGGGCUGGCUCAUCAGUGUUGAGACUAAGGGAUGCAGGCACAGACACACCUGUUGUUGUUUCUCUGGAUCAGCUCUACUAAGCUUCUUACUUAUCAGAAUCACGGUCUUUAGCCUUGCUCCUGCCCUCACUCUGCCCUCUUGAGGCCUAUUCUUGCAUUAGCCUUCGAUAUUGGGUGAAAUGUGUGUAUGUGUACUGUAUGCGCGUGUGUGUGUGUG